CACGGCCAACUUGGUACUUGGUGCAGCUGGGGAAAACUGGAGAGAAAAAUUGAUUUUCGCACUUCCAACCAAGUCGGCGCUCGUGAAAGUUGGUGCGAAACGCGAUCGGCCGUCGUAACACAGCCCGCGGAAGGACCCUCGAGACCCAGGUCGGACCACGGCAGUCUCGCGAACGGUGUGGAAAGUUCCAAGAAGUUCUAGAACAAAUCGGCCUGUGCCCGUGAGUGCUGAAGGUGGCGGAGGCGAACGGAGGCGGUGUGAGAGAGAGAGGAUUUCUAACGCACAGCGCAGACCGAAGGUUGCUCAUUGCACCACCGGAACCUCGGAAGGAUUGUUCCAUUUCGCUUGCAGUCGAACGUCAGAAUGUCGUCGCAGCAGGAGUCGUCCUCACAGCAGCAGCCCCAAGUGCGGCACAUUCCCAUCUAUGUCGAGGGCCGUUCGGAGCCGCUGCUGAAUACGAGUCCGAAGUCGCAGCCAUCGUCGGCGCACCCGUCCGCCCAACCAUCAUCACACGCACACGUGCCGCCGCAUCCAUCCGCGGGGGGUGACAGUUCGUUGCCGGACGAUUUGUUCAAGCAGAACUCAAUCUUCGAUCGGGAUCGCGAUAUACCGGUGCGAUCGGCUUUCAGCACCCCGUUCUUCAAGCGUGAGCCAUCGCCCGGUGCCAGCCGGACGUCCCCGUUUCCGGACAUGGCCAGCCACGUGCCCCACAUGAACACGAACGUGCCUCGCGGGUCUUCGAUUCCUAGGCAAACACCGUCGCCACCGACGGCGGCUGGUGCGAGCCAGGCCCACCACCACCAUAGCAAACAACCGCAACAACCGUCCACCACCUACCACCAACAGUUUCCGCCCCAGAGGCAUCCCCAGCAGCAGCAGCCGCAGCCGCAGCCGGCGCCGCCAGCAUACCAUUCGGAGCCGCAGCAGGCGGCACCACCGGCACCACAGCCACCUAUGACGGGCUACGAUCAGCCCGACAGCCGUCCGAAGCCGCCGCCUCCGGUUAAUGAUCCGACCAGUAAGAUUUCGAGAAUCCAGCAAGAUGUGACGGCCAUUUUCGAUCUGGUCGAAAAGUUUAAGGGCAGCAAGGAGGGCAAAAAGGACAAGACGUACAUCUACCUGGACGAGAUGUUGACCCAGAAUCUGCUAAAGCUGGACUCGAUCGACGUAGGCGAUCAACCGCAGAUUAAGUCGUCCCGAAAGGCGGCAAUCAGAAGCAUAACCACCUGCAUCGGGGUGCUGGAGCAAAAGGCCGAAGCAGGGGCCCUGGAGGCGGCGGCACCCGUUGGCAGCUCCAGCUCCAUUACCGGCCGGAACGAGGCCACCGCUAACGGAAUAGAUCCGCCCCAGGCUGGCAUGAACGGCCUCGAGCAGCACGCCGCCGAUAAGUCCGCUUCGAACACGUCAAUCUCUCACUCGUCGUCCAACUCUAGUCAGCAGCAGCAGCCGAUCGACGAUGCUAAACAGUAAACGACGGAGUACGAACGCUCCUAACACCAUUCACGAUCGCCUCUACACCAAUUUGCUUCCUCUUUCGGUGCUGCCGUGUGCGAUCGACGAGAUCGUCAUCGAACGGAUCUUGUUUUAACGUGCCCGCCGGGCACUGCUUUUUGUUAAGGCUCUAAGCUUCGCGAUUCGUCAGUUUUCUGUGUUUAAGUUGUUGCGAUUCGAUGCUUGUUACGGGGCCAUUUUGGGUGCCAGAUACUCCACGGUACCCCGAUGGUCCUAACACACACGCACACGCAAUCCGCAUGUUACGUUCGGUUGCCAUAGGGACGUUUUCUUAGCAAAAACCGAUAGAGGCACGGGUGCUGCAAAUAGUUUGGCGGGAACUAGGGAGUGAAGCGAACGCACGAGAUACUGUUGUGAUGGCCGCGUGAUGGUGUUAGCGAAGCCAAUGCCUAGAGCAGGAAAGAUAUUUAUUUUUAUUACUUUUAGCGCAUAAUUGUUAGACAUAAAGCAUGAGUUGAUUGCAAGAUAUUAGGCAAACGGAUAAAGAUAAAGUAAAGAAGAGCGCGAGAAUUGUUCUGUGCCGUCGAUAACCACCAUUUAACGAACCUAUUAACCAGUGAGGCGCCCGGGCGCAAGCGAAAGGGGGUCGAGACUUCUCAGCCUUCUGCGAGUGGGAUAAUUAGACAUGAGCGAUAUAAGGACACCAGGCAAACCCCAUUAACCGAGAAUAACUUUCAAGUUUAAUUUUAAUAAAAUCAAAAACAUUUAGAACAAUAAAACGAUUCCCCGGCGGGGGAUUCUCUACAGUUCGGACACGACGUUGGUAUUAGCUUACACGGACACACACCACUGUCCGCGCAGCAAACAUGUAUUAUCGAACGUUAUGGAACGUGUAGCAACAAGCACACCGAUGAAGGGAAACACAACGAA